AUGAAGGGGUACCUGGACCAGCAGGUGCCUUUCACGUUCCCGCAGGUGAGUGGCGGCUCCGCCGGGCUGGGGGUCCACGCUGUGCUGGGCGCUGGGAAGAUCCCCGGUGAGCCGGGCGUGCCACCGGCGCAGGACUCGGAAGAGCUCUUCCAGGACUUGAGCCAGCUCCAGGAGACCUGGCUGACUGAAGCUCAGGUUCCAGACAGUGAUGAGCAGUUUGUGCCUGACUUUCAUUCAGAAAACUUAGCUUUUCACAGUCCUCCUGCUCGGAUCAAGAAGGAGCCGCAGAGCCCCUCGGAAGCUUCUCUGUCCUGCAGCCACGAGCAGCCCUUCCAGCCCCACAGCGAGCAGUGCCUUUACACCAGUGCCUACGAUCAACCCAGACGAGUUGGAAUCAAGUCCCCCAGCCCAGGAAUCCUGACACAGUCACCACUCCAACAGUUCCCUAGGCAGGACAGGAGCUUCCCGACCCCUGUGGGGCCACCCCACUCCACACCCAGCUGUGGAUACCUCAGUGAAAACGGCUCUGCCUAUCAGCCACCUGUGGAGAUGUGCCAUUCUUUCCCCUCCUCCCAAGGCAUGGCCCAGGAAGACCCCAUUGCCUACCAGUGCCAGAUGUCCAAGCCCUGCCUCCAGUACCCUCCUCAGGGCUUCAAACAGGAGCGCCACGACCCACGAUACGAGCAGGAAAGCCAGGCAGGCAGCAGCCACCAGUACCCAGCAGCUGUGGUGGUCAAGCAGGAGCAGGUGGACUACAUGUAUGACUCAGGUUGCAGCUACAACAAGCAGAUGAAGUCCUUUACUGACGAUGUCUGCGUUGUUCCAGAGAAAUUUGAAGCAGGAGACAUCAAGCAGGAGGCUGGAGGGUACAGGGAAGGACCUCCAUACCAAAGGCGGGGAUCUCUCCAGCUCUGGCAAUUCCUUGUGGCUCUGCUGGAUGACCCGACCAAUUCCCACUUCAUUGCCUGGACUGGCAGAGGGAUGGAGUUCAAACUGAUUGAGCCAGAAGAGGUGGCCAGGCUGUGGGGGAUCCAAAAGAACCGUCCAGCCAUGAACUACGACAAGCUGAGCCGAUCCCUUCGCUACUAUUACGAAAAAGGCAUCAUGCAGAAGGUGGCUGGGGAGCGCUACGUGUACAAGUUUGUGUGUGAGCCCGAGGCCUUGUUCUCGCUGGCCUUCCCCGACAGCCAGCGGCCGGCGCUGAGGGCAGAGCUGGAGCGGCAGAUCAGCGAGGAGGACACGGUGCCCCUCUCGCACCUGGAUGAAAAUGCCACUUACCUGCCAGACUUUGGGAGUUUCCCUCCACAGCUUUACAGCAAGGGCUACACCUACUAGCACUGGUGACAGCACGGUGCUGGGUAUACAGGUUCUAGACGUGGCUGUGUAUAGGAGGUAGCUGGUGAAGCGUUCAGGUGAUAUCAGCAUUUUUUCAGGCCAGCACUAAGCUACAAAUACCGAUG